UACUUUCAGUUUAAUUUUGAGAAAACAGCCCUCUCCCCUGCGCGGCGUGUUCACACGACUUUUACGUAACUUUCGGACACUUAACAUGCUGCCGGCGGUCCAGGGGCGCAAGUGCGUGCGUGUGAGUGUGUGCGUGUCCUGAGUGUGUGACGGUGUAAUGUCCAGCGGGCUACAGAAGAGGAUGUCUCCCUCUGGGACGCUGCUCGGGCUGUGCUGCGUUUGCCUGCUGGCAGCGCUGGACGCAGAUUCACAGGCAACACUGUACAAGAAAGCAGGCGACACUGUCAUGCUCACUCUGGACCUGUCCUCUGUGACUGGCCCCAUCACCAGUAUCGUGUGGAAACAUAACCGUAACUUGGCCAUGGAGUGGGAUGGAAAGGAAACUGAUUCCUUCCGUAAUUUCAAAGAGCGCGGCCACCUGAACAAUUCAACUGGAGUUCUGACCAUCACAGGAUUGACCAUAAGCGACAGUGGAUCGUACGCAGCAGAGAUCAACAACCGUGUCAUCCUUGAGACUGAGCUUAAAGUCAUCGCUCCUGUCCCUAAGCCCACCAUCAGCGUGUUGUGUGAUACUGAACUGACCUAUUGUGGUCUGAGCUGUGAUGGAAACACUACAGACGCUGAACCAGUCACCUACAUCUGGAACAAAGACGAAAAAAAGGAAGAGGCUGGAUUACUCCAGCUAUAUCAAAUCACAAAGGAGGAGGAUUCGACCUACACACAGUUCAGCUGUACGCUGCAGAACAAAGUGAGCGAGAGCACCAGCGAACCCGUCAACAACCCCCUCGCCCCAGUGAAGUCUCCCGAUCCUGGUGAGCUGAAACUGAAGACAGGGGUCAUCGUCUUCAUCUCCCUGGUAGCGGUGUUGUUGGUGUCUGUUUUCGUACACAGAUGGAAAGCAGGAGAGUGGUUCUUCGAAAAAGCAUCAAUGCCGUGGGAAGCAGACUUCUGGAGGAAGCAGGAGACAAGGAGAGAAAAUAAUGCAGAUAAUGUUGAGAACUCGUCGGCUACAGAGAAGAGGCUGAUCCCUGGUGCCCACGCAGCAGCAGAGUAGGAGCUGCGACUGUGUUUACAACCGGAGGAUUUUCCUCCCAGGCCAGGGGAUACAACCAGAGACAAAGCUGACAAACCUUAAGGGAUUCAAAAUGACUGUACAGUGCUUAAAACCUCUUGGCACAGCAGGGUAUUACUGAGGUCUCCAAGCUGUGUAACAGUACUUUUUACAAUUAUUAAGCCAGUAGCUUUAAAAGUCUGAAUCUUAGAUGUACCAUUUCCCUAAUACGUCUGUUGGUGUGGUUGUUUACAGCACACAUAUAUUGUGUUUCUUUCCAAAAUAUCUGUCAUAACAGCCUGUGGAUUAGCACUAGAUACCAAGUCAGAAAUGAAACAAAAGAAAUCGACAUCUUUUAUAUUUAUUUUGACAGACAUGGUGGCCUUUUUAAAGCAAUGUAACCUCCUUCUUCUUGUUAAUGUUUCAGGUGAAGAUGAUAACAUGCAAAGAUCUUCAUAGAUACAGACUUAAAAAUGCGUCAUAGGAGUAUCUGACUUGGUUGGGAAUCUUUUCACAGCGCUUCUCGUUCUCAAACUGCAAUUUUUGGGAGCUUUCUAGGCUUAAGGGAAACAGAGUUCACCAUGAAACUGAGUACUGUUUGCACAUUUCAUCUGUUUUUUCAAACAGAAACAGACCAAUAUUCUCACCAACGUCCUUAAAGUACUAUCAAGCCUGAAUUAACAGAAAAAUCCAAAUCUUGGAUACGCCAAAGAUUGUAAAUCUUAAUUAAUAAAAGUCCUUGUUAGAUGACAAUCUCAAGGGCAGCAGACGUCCUUCAUUCAGUCCUCGAGGGACCAACUCGUCAUGUUGGCUUGUUUUUCUUCAGCGUUGGUCCCUCUGUGAUUGAAUAAAGGACCUUUCCUGUAUCAUUUAACAAGGAUUUUUUUUAUUAAUUGAGUGAAGUUGACAAUCUUUGUGUUAUCUUUGUUAUUUUUGCCCUGAUAUAUAUUUUAUCCUCACACUACUAUUGUCUUGACCCACUGAAGCACUCUCUCUUUACUCUUUAUGCUUUCCAGAUUUGGGAGUUUUAGAUAUUUUGUGACUUUUAAUGGCAUAGAACUGACAUCAAUAACAGCAACAAAAAAAAAAAAGUAUGGCGCCAUUUGGUGUCAUUUUUUCAGGCCCAGUCCUACUCCUGCCUGCAGAGUUUACAUGUAGUGGAAAAACAUAACGGACAAAAGCAUCAAAGGCGCCUUCAUGGGACCUGUGAUGAAUUUUAUUUCCAAAUCCAGGUUUAUUUCAUCCUGCUUGGCACACCAGGGUGGGUGAGCAGCACGAUGAGGGCCAGGAAGUUCGGACAAUCACAGGAAAGUAGUCGAAGCUGGAGCGUGUGUGUGCUCUUCUGUGACUCACAAGCCACCUGACACCACCUGGUACACCAAGCACGUUAGAGGAAACGGCGAGGAUGGUGUGGUGGUCCGGCGUGAGACUGGUGCGGCGUGGACUCAUUGAGCCCGACGGCAGAGAGCUCCUGCCUCGCUGUGUGGAGAAACACUGCGCUGUGCAGAGGCGGGAAGAAAGGACGCCAUUGUCAGGCCGGGGCCACCAGCUCAAAUAACAGCAGCCUUGUACAUUACAGCUGACUCCUGCAACACUUACUCUGUGUGUGUGACAGCAUGUGUGUGUGUGUGUGUGUGUGUGACAGAAUAUGUAAAGUCCCUCUUUCAUCUUGUCACUAUUAGUGCCUCUUUCUUGUGUGAAUUUGUGAUGUUUUAGAAGUAGCACUCACAAAACUAUUGGGUAGUGAAGUGUUGAGUCCAGUGGAUUUGUCUUUCGUUGAAUGCUAAUAAAUUUCUUUUUGAUACUACAAAGACA